CAUACGUAGGAGCAUAUGUACACUUUUCACAACAUCGUUUUUUUAAAGUAGAACACACUACACCUACCCGUCUGAAUCUGUUGCCAACACCAUCUCAUCCUCUAUGGCUAAUUUAUCGCAGCCCGAAGCCACCAAUCUCGCCGCCGGUCAAAACCCACCACCGGAACAGCAACUUCAGGAUCACCUUGACGAUCAUUCCUUUUCAUUCUCUCCUAUAACCCUCAAAAAGCUGCCUCAUCUGAGCGACUACCUGCAAGACCUCCGACCUGCUGGCCCCAAUCCACUCGAUCAUAAUCCAUUUUUUCAUCCUUCGGACGGGUUCUACGUAAACACGUCCGACAUAGUUCUCCGGCAAGUCGCCUGCCGCCUCUCUCCCUCUGGAACCAUUGCUUCUCCUUCUCACCACUUGGCAUAUAUCAGAGCAGGUCCCCGCAAACAGAUUUUCUUUGACCAUUGUGCCACCAGGGCUGCUAUCGUCACGUGUGGAGGACUCUGUCCUGGGAUGAAUACUGUUAUAAGGGAGCUGGUUGUUGGUCUUUGGGACCUCUAUGGGGUGCGCCAAAUUUACGGUAUUAAAGCUGGCUACCGUGGUUUCUAUUCCAUUCACCCUAUUGAGCUCAAUCCUAAGAUGGUGCAUAACUGGCAUAGGAGGGGUGGAACUGUGCUUGAAACAUCUAGGGGUGGCUUUGACCUCACAAAGAUCGUGGAUGCUAUUGAGAACCACGGCUUUAAUCAGGUUUACAUUAUAGGCGGAGAUGGCACAAUGCGUGGUGCUGUCAAAAUAUUUGAGGAGGUUCGGCGACGGAAACUGAAAGUAGGAGUUACCGGUAUUCCAAAAACAGUUGACAACGAUGUCGGUAUAAUUGAUAGGUCAUUUGGAUUCCAGACAGCUGUAGAAAUGGCAGAGCAAGCAAUCCAUGCAGCUCAUGUGGAGGCCGAGAGUGCAGUGAAUGGAAUCGGCUUAGUGAAGCUAAUGGGUCGAAGCACAGGGCACAUAGCCCUCCAUGCAACACUGAGCAGCCGAGACGUGGACUGCUGUUUAAUUCCCGAAACUGAAUUUUACUUGGAAGGGAAGGGAGGGCUACUUGAAUUCCUCGAACAAAGGCUGAAAGAGAGGGGGCAUGCAGUGGUGGUGGUUGCUGAAGGGGCAGGGCAGGAUUUGAUACCCAGAACCACAGCCCAGAAAGAGGAAAGGGACGAAUCCGGGAACAUGGUUUUCCUAGAUGUGGGUGCGUGGUUAAAGACAGAGCUGAAGAAAUGGUGGGACAGGGAGCAUCCACAUGAGUUGUUUACGGUGAAGUACAUAGAUCCUACUUACAUGAUACGUGCGGUGCCAGCAAAUGCUACGGAUAACUUGUAUUGUACACUCGUGGCUCACUCGGCUAUCCAUGGGCUCAUGGCGGGGUAUUCUGGAUUCGUGACUGGUCCUAUUAACGCAAACCAUGCAUAUAUCCCGUUGGCGGAUGUGGCACAAGCUAGGAAUGAAGUGAAUAUUAAGGACCAUAAAUGGGAAUGGGUGAGGUCUAUCACCAAUCAGCCUGAUUUUGUCAAGUCCAAGCAAAAUUCAGUUUGAUUUUAUUUUAUUUUUACUUAUUUACUACCAAUGGCAGUGGCAGUGAUUAUUACCACUACAGCUAUCUGUGUCGAUAUUAGUUAAUAGAGUUGUAUGACUACUACUACUGAUACUUUGUAUAUCACCACUAAACAAUGCUGCAACAUAUCAUUCUCUUC